UCUUUCUGUCCACCGACCGACCGACCGAAACUCCAUUUGCCAGCCGCGCCCAAGAGCCGGUGCGCCACGGAAUCCUACGUCGCAUUCACAGUCCGACGCGACGCGCCGGAUAUUAUCAUCAUGGCCAAGAUUGAGCAAAUGGAUCCUGUAUGGGAUGAUCUCGACAGAACAAUGGGCCAGUUGUUCAUGAUGGGCUUCGAUGGCACGUCGGUGACUCCCCACAUUCGUACCCUUAUCGAGGAGCAUCACGUUGGCUGCAUCCUGCUGACUGCGAAAAACCUCAAAUCCGCCGAGGACACAACAAAGCUCAUUUUUGAAUUGCAAAAGAUUGCCCAUGAUGCCGGUCAUCCUGUUCCACUGGCGAUUGGUAUCGACCAGGAAAAUGGCGGAGUCAACAGUCUCUUUGAUGACAUCUACAUUCGCCAGUACCCCAGCAACAUGGGCAUGGCAGCGACCGGAUCCACUGACCUAGCAUUUGAAGUCGCAAAAGCAACUGCACAAGAAAUUGCCGCCUGUGGUAUCAACUGGAUAUUCGGCCCAUGUCUCGAUGUACUCACUAAUGCACGUAACCAGCCCUUGGGCGUCAGAACAGCUGGAGACGACCCUCAGGAAGUGUCUGCCUUUGGGUGUGCGUUCAUGCAGGGCUACAAAGAGGGCGGAGUUGUAACACUGGGAAAGCAUUUUCCAUCUUACGGCAACCUAGAGUUCUUGGGGUCCACGCUUGAUGUGCCCAUCAUCACUGAGUCAUUAGAGCAGCUAAGCUUAAGUGCCUUGAUCCCAUUCAAGAAGGCGAUUGAAAGAGGCCUUGAUUCUAUGAUGGUCGGUGGUUGCGCCAUGUCUUCAGCUGGACUGAAUGCUAUGCACGCUUGUCUAUCCGAGCAGGUCGUCGAUGAUCUACUCCGCAAGGAUCUGAAAUUCGACGGCGUAGUCGUCUCAGAAUGUCUUGAGAUGGACGCUCUCAGUCACAAUAUUGGUGUUGGCGGUGGAACCGUCAUGGCUGUCAACGCUGGUUGCGACGUGGUCCUUCUUUGUCGCGCCCUCUCGCUGCAACUAGAAGGCCUAAAAGGCCUCAAGACUGGCAUUGAGAGUGAGAUGGUUUCGAAAGAACGCAUCUUUAACUCGCUGAGGCGCGUGUUAACCAUGAAGAAGAAGUGCACGUCGUGGGAGAAGGCGUUGAACCCUCCGGGCAUCAACUAUCUCGAAAAGCUCCAGCCUCUGCAUACUGCGCUCUCCACCAAAGCAUACAAUAGCUCCAUCACAGUCGUACGCGACAAGAACAGGCUUCUUCCGCUGACCAAUAUUCUCGACAGCGAGGAGGAACUCCUUCUAUUGACUCCUUUGGUGAAGCCCUUGGCUGCAUCGGCUGCAUCUCGAGCCAUAUCUGAUGCUGCCAAUGGCGCGGCUAGUCACUCUCCAGGGCCAGCUUCCUGGGAUCAGAAUUCGUCCGUUAUGAGUGGAGAACGAGUUUUCAGGGAGCUGGGCCGCUCUCUGGCGAGACAGCGUAACGGGCGACUGUUGCACACAUCGUACACAGCAAACGGUGUUCGUCCAGUUCACGAGAACCUCAUCAGCCGAGCAAGCGCGAUUAUUGUGCUCACUGCAGACGCCAAUAGAAACCUGUAUCAGCAUGGAUUCACUAAACACGUCUCUAUGAUUUGCAACAUGCAAUACACGACUGGCGGAGAGAGACGCGAGAAGCCUCUGAUUGUGGUUGCUGUAAGUUCACCGUACGACUUUGCCAUGGAUAAUACGAUUGGGACGUAUAUCUGUACCUAUGAUUUUACCGAGACUGCGUUAAAUUCGCUGGUACGAGUCUUGUAUGGAGAACUAUCACCUUCAGGAACACUGCCUGGUACGAUUAGCAAGAGCCAAAAACUACACCCGUCGAAACAGCACUGGCUGGUUGAGAUCUUUAAUGAAGAACGAGAUGGCAGUGCGUUGGAUACACUGAUUGCAGCCGUUGUAGAAAGCACCGCGCCAAACCAACGGUCUGAGCUUUCAAGCGCAACAUCAAGCUCGUUCAUCCUACACCACCCAGAGGUGGAGGAGUCCCAUUUUGUCGUCCGUAAUAGCAGUACCCAGGCACUGUAUGGCUUCUGCUCAACAUACUUUUUCAAAGCUACAGGAACUGGAGUGAUUGGUGCGUUGUUUGUGGAUCCAGCAAGGAGGAAGCUUUCGAUUGGACAUUCGCUACAUAACAGAGCGAUACGAACUCUACUGCAGAAGGAAGGCAUUAAGAGAUUUCAACUGGGAUCUCGUCUUCCGAGUAUCUAUCUCGGUAUCCCAACAGGACAUGGCAACGAGCGAAAGCGCCUACGGCCAUGGUUUGCGCAACUGGGAUGGGGCGCGGCACUGUCACGGCCCGUGUGCAACAUGGUCGCUCGCAACCUUCAGGCAUGGAGUCCACCUGCAGGCAUGGCCAAGAGCCUGGCAAGCGCAGGAGCACAGUUUGACCUUGUCUAUGGGUGGGACUACGCUGGACCGGUGCUCGACCAUAUCAAAACCAGUAACCGACAAGGGCUGGCAGAGGUGUACAAGCUCGCACUCACUGAUCCGACGGCGUGUGGAAUUAUUCGGGCAAAGCGGCCGGAAGAUGGUGCGCUGGUGGGCACGGUUGUGCUGUACAACAGUCACUCGCGUCUAGCCGAGUACAUUCCUUCGCUCAAGGAUCUCAACGAGUCGGCUGGUGGCAUUUCAUCGCCGGUGAUAUCACCUGGUGUUGGAGAGUACUCGACACUACUGCAGGGAUUGAUACUUCUUGGGAUGCGACAGAUCAAGCAGCUAGGAUGCAACGCGUGCUUGCUCGACUAUAUGGAUGGAGAUGGCAAUUUUGACGGGUUCUCAGCAAUGGGGUUCGAUGUCAUGCACAAUUUUGAGGAAGUGAGCUGUGAUGCAGCAACAUGGACCAUGAUACCACCAGCUUAGGUUGGGUAGGGAUAUGUUUUUUCUUCUGUUUGAGGCGCAAUGAAGGAACCCUUUGGCUGGCUGGGACUUGGAUGAGAUGAAAGGGCAUGGUAGGUGUUUAUACACACUUAAUACAUAUUCUCUCUUAUUGGCUACUACAGAUGUGGAGAAGAAAGAAGGAUGUGUUUGGCAUGGAGGAUUGCAUCAUGGUGGCUGAGAACUAGUCGGAUGUCGUGGCAUGGGUGCAUAGGAUGGGCUGCGGGCUUUGUGGAGUGGGAGACCGGAUGGUUUCCCUAAUAGGUAAUUUGGCGCUGACGGGCGCUGCAUGCCGCGUACCGCGUACCGCUUGGCUUAUAAGUCGCGUCAGGGUUCAAGUGAACAGGUAAAUACAGAGGCUGGGAUGGCUGGAUUUCAGAGAGGAUUACUCGAGAGCCACGGGCGGGGUGUAGAGAUGGUGCGGAGGGGGGCGCAUUGAGGAUGUCGGAUUUGGUCUUGGCUGGGAGCCGUAA